CCUCUAAGCUAAGGGAUGCCAUCUACUGUAAGAGGUUCUAAUAUCUACUGGGCCAUAGUUACCAUUUCAUAUUUCUUCAUCACCAUGUAUUUUCAAUUUCUAGGGGUUGAGCCUGGCUCUGUGGUAAUAACAGAUGUGGCAGUGGAUUCCUUUUUCAAGCCCCAGUUUGAGCAAGUGAUCCUAGACUGUGUGGUGACACGAAGCACAGAGCUUGACCAAGACUUGGCUUCUGAGUUACUUGAAUGCAGCAGAGGGAUUAAGGACUUCCCAGCACUAAUGGGCCAUACAAUGUGCACGUAUGAUUUUUAUGAGGGUAAGCUUGUUUUUAAGUGGCUAUGGAGAUGGUCAAUUAUCCAGGUCGGGGUUGUCCCAAAAGUGCUUUUCAAAAGGCAACUGGACUUCCUUGGUUUUUUUCCCUUGAAAAUGUUUCGCUUCUCCUCCAAGACGCUGAAACUGAACUCCAUCAUUAGCGCUGCAGUUGUCUGUGUGACUCUCCUUAAUCGACUUGAAGGAGAUCAGAUCAAAGCCUCCCAUGAAGUUCUAGCGGAGUAUCAGCGACGACCUCAGCAACUGAUUGCGACGUUGAUCAAAAAACGCCUUGGGCUGAUUAAAGACAAGGAAUUAUUAGAUAAUGCAGUGGUCUAAAGUAUUGCGAAAUGUGUGAGCCUGUAACGGCAUAAUAUUCAUAGACGUGAAUUAUGAAUGUUAGGUAUUAACACUGUUGGGUUUUUGUAUGAAGCACAAGAACAGGAAAAGAGUGGAUUGAAAAACAAUUUCACUGAUACUUUGAAUUUAGUAGGAGGAAAAACUAAUUUUAAUUAUGAAUACAUCAUUAUUUAACCUACCAGAACAUACUGGAUUAUGCUUGUUGCCUUCAGAAGAAUUUUCUGCAUUAUUAACUAUGGUACCUAGAAUUAAUAUUAGUUACAGUAAGUACCAGCUGAAGGCAAAGAAAGGAAUUAAGCGAAGUGUUUAAAAGGUAUGAUUUAAAGCCCAACAUGUUCUAUACAAGUGCCCUUCACUGGGAAAGAUCAGUCUGGAACAUUUCAAUUAUCUGUCCAUAGAUUGUUUCAACUUAGGUAUCCUAAUGAUGAUUUUGGAUCGAAAUUAUUAUAGACUGUUAGCUGAUGGCAUGAGAUCAUUUUAGCAGUCAUCACACAAGUCCUGUUCAUUCUACUAAGAUGUUAACUGAAUGUUAACUUCGUGAUACCAUGUCAUUUACGGGACAAUAUAAAUAAUGAUCAUUGAAAAUGCCAGACUUAAUCCUAGCUGAAUCAAUAUGUCAAGAAUCCCCCUAAGUUGGGGGAGGGGGCUUAAUUGUCUCCUAUAUCUGUAGGAGGGAGCCAAGAUACUUCUUACUGUAUAUCUCAGGUGACAAUUUGUCACUAGAUUCAAAAAUAGGGCUGCCAUUCCCAUGUGUUACGGCUCAGCAUAGCUGCAAAAUGAGAUUAGAAUGUGAUUUCCUAACACAGUAGGUAACAUUUUAUUUUAGACACCUGUCAAGCAUUGAUCAAACAGCCUUAAAAUAUUUAAGCAGAGGAUGUCAAUGUAUGGCAAGCUCAAAGCAGCACAGAAAAUGUUCCUAGUACAUGACACUAUGAUCCAAAUUGAAGAAGGAACACACUGGCGCUGAUUCCAGUAACUAUUGGGUGACGAGCUUUGUCAUGACAAACCAAGAGAAAGAAGAAGCAAAUCCUGCACAUUAGAGAUGCAGAAAUGUGAUCAGAAACUGCUACUGACAAAUUCUGACUGUACAUCUGUCUGCUACUCAAAACCCAAGAAAGGAGAAUCAUAAUCCUUUCUAAAUGGAAGAAAGUGCUUAAAGAAAAGCUGUAUUGAGUUGAAUCUGAGAACUGCCUCAUCUUAUAAUAAUUUUACAAUACAUUUAUAUAAUUCAUUGUUUCAUGUAUCACAAUGCAUCCGUUGAAAAUUUCUGUUAAAAAAUCAGUUAGUUCAUGUGGUAAAAUAGCCCACAAAAGGGAGUGGGGAAAAAACUGC